AUUUUCAUUCAGAUAUACCACCUAGUUGAGUAUUUACUAAUUAGGAUCGUGAAUAAUACUUACUUAUAUUGCGGAUUUAUUAACUAACAGUGGAACCUCUCAAUGACUACCCCUAAUGACAUUCGAUCAAGAAUGUUAAACAGAGCUUCUCGAUUAAUCAGUGGGGUUAAAAAUGAAGAAGCUUGGCAUUUAAUUGGUUUAUUUCAACAAACUCAUCCUAACACUUUCCUUCAAAUUUGUCAUCAUACAUUGGCAUCAUUUCUGGAAUUAACUCAUGAUUACUUUGAUCAAGGAUGGCCUUUAUUAACUCGACUAUUAAUAUCUAAUCAAAAGUCAACAGAACAUCGUCGACGACGUUCACGUAGUAAUACUAAUCAUACAAACAAGAAUAAUAAUAAUAAUAAUAUACAUGAAGUAUUUGAAUCACCAAUUGGUAAUCCAUUGUUUAUUUCAAAUAAUAACGAUAAAUUCACUUGUUUAUCUCCAGUAUUAUCUAAUUUGAAAACAUCCAAUAUUGAUAACCAAUCAAAAAAGUUUAAAACAAAAACUGGAAGUAAACGUAUAUUAAAACAAUUACUUCCUUCAAUGUUUCCAAUGCCUAAUAGUCAUAAUGAUAACAGUGUAACAAAAACUCCACGUCUUGAUCAUACAUCUACUAAACAAUCUAACCGAUCACAUUCAAAAACAAAAUCCUUCUUCAGACAUGUUCAACCAUUGUUUUCAAGGUCAGCAUCUGGUGAAUCUGUUCAACAAUUAAAUUAUCCAUUUAUUCUAAGAUCGAAUCCAUCAAAAAUAGAUUAUAUGCAUAUAAAUUCAAAUUCGAUAAAUGAUUAUUCAGCCUACUGUACAAGAUAUUGUAAUGUGGAUUCAACAAUCUGUGCCACUUUGAUUGAUUAUAUGAUCUCUAAUCCAAAUUUAUGCUUAACUGAAGGCUUAUUCCGUAUACCUGGGAAUAGUCUACGUAUACGUGAUUUAUGGUUAAAAUUACAUCAUCAUUUUCAAACACCUUAUCUACGUAUACCUCAACCUGAACCAGAUUUAAUUGAUGAAAAUUUUUCACCAUAUCCAGUAAUUAAUCAUAUUGAAAUUAAUGAAUUAUUACAAAGUUAUUCACCGCAUGAUAUAACAAGUUUAAUUCUACGUUGUUUAACUACAUGUACUGAAUUUCAACGUAUUCAUCAAACAAUAAAUUUUGAUAUAUACGAUGUUAAUAAUUAUGAUUAUUCAAAUGAUCAGUAUUCUUAUGAUGAUGGUGAAUUUCAACAAACUGGUGGUUUAAUACCAUUAGAAGCUGGAAAUUUAUUGUUUUUAGCCACUGAAUUACAAUAUAAAUUAAAGAAUAAUCAUGAUAAUAAAUUGAAUGAAAUGAAGUAUGAUGAUUGGGUGUAUAUAUUAUGUCAUUCACGUCAAUUAUUAGCCUAUCGUAUUGUAUUACAAUUAUUAUUACCAAUACCAGAAAGGUAUUUAUUAAUGAAUUUAUUACGUUUAUUCAAAAUAAUUGAUGAAUCAAAUUCUAUAUCAAAGAUGACAGCUGAAUGUUUAGCAAGAUGUACAGCAUUUGCAGUAUUUGGAGCACCAUUAAAAGUGAAAACAUCCUCUUCUUCAUCAUAUAAUAAAGAGAAUAUUUACAAUUGUGAAUCAUAUACUAAUUCGCUUACAAAACGUAUAGAUACAUUAACAAAUUUAAUAAAAAUGUUUCAUGAAUUAGAAGAUCUUCCAUUACUUAUUUACAAUGCAGUACGUAAUCGUUUAAGAUCACAUCUUGGUAAUUCACCUAUUCCUAGAACAGUUUCACAAAAUCAUAAUCAUACCUCCUUACAUAGACUUACUGAACAAUGUUGUCAUGGAACAUUAUAUGAUUUUGAAAAUGAAUUAUCAAUAUUCGAGAAAUCUAGUGUAAACGAUACCCACCCGAUACAAACUGAAUGUAAUAAUAAUAAUAAUAUCGAAUGUAAUCAACAUCAAAAUAUCUUAGCAUCACAAUCAAUUAAGACAAUUAUUCCACAAACAAUGAAUAAUAAAUCUUUACAACAAGAUUUAACUUGUAUCAAAUCAAUCAAUAAUAGUAAUAUAUGUAAAACUGUACCAAUUAAAAUACAAACAAUAAAAUCACAAAAUAAUCUAUCAAAAAAUUAUUUACAACAUAAAUUUAUCACAUCAUAUUCUACAAGUAAUUUAGAACCAUUUCAAUUAUGGAAACGUUAUAAAACAACAGGUAAUCAUUCAGAAAUGAAAUGUACAUUUCUUAUUAAUUCAUCAUCAACUCUUACUACUAAACAUAAUAAACAUACUAGAAAUCCGAAUAAUAAUAAUAAUAAUAAUAAUAAUGAAGAAGUUGUUCCAUGUAAUAAACUACUGAUUAAAUCAAGAAGUAGUUCAACAAUUACAAACAUUUGAUACAAGAACAUGAAAGUAUUCUUUAAAAUGGCUGUGAUUCAUUCAUUAUAAAUAUGUAUAGAAUUUUUUUUUAUAUUUCAUUUUGUUUUCAAUAAACAAAUAAUUAUUUAAUAUUUUGCAUAUAAUUGAAACAUUGUAUAUAACUUUUUCUGUAAUUUUAUAAUUUCUUAUUUAAUCUUAUGAGGAAACACCUG